GUGACGUAAAAUUGGCAUCACGUGACAUUUGCUGGGUGACGGGACAUUGAAUAAAGAGAGAAGAAGAGAGGAAAGAAUUAAUGAUGGUAAGAGGAGAAGGAGUCAAAGGAGGAAGAUUAAAUGAAACUAUGGAGAUCGAAGAUUAAAUUGUGCCGAAGUGAAGCGAAGAAAAGUUGUCGCUAAAACUGUCAAGAGGGAACAUCCUCCCUCUUACUCUCGUCAAUAGUGCUACUGUAUCGAAUCAGGUUUUCCAAGUCUGACAUUAGCUUGUUUUUAUAUAUAAUUCUCGCAAAGGGCUCCUACUGUAUACCACGACUCGAUUUAGGGUGGUGGUAUACAGGCCCAAAUAUUUUGUCAAUUAGAUGGAUUCCUGUUUAAUUGAAACCAUUCGGAGAGUUAGAAUGAACGACGAACAUUUCCUGAUGUCUAGCGAGUCCAGUAUUGAAAAUAGCUAUGGUAUCUCCGUUGCAGACGUUUAUGACCAGGCAUCAGGCAUUGGCAAAGAACUUGAAAAGUUGAUAGACUGCUAUGGAUCAGAAGCGAUCACAGGGCUUAUGCACAAAGUCGUGCGAUCCCUUGAGCUUUUGGAAGCCCUAGCCAUUCGUUAUGAACAGGAAAACAAUGAAAUAGGAGACCUUAAAUACACUAUUUCAAGGUUAGAAGCCGAAAAACUUGAAAAAGCUCAGGAGAGGGCCAGGUACGAACGGGAACUGGAGUUAAUAGAAGAUAACUGGCAAGAAGAAGUAAAAGACUUACUAAAAAGUAUAGAUCACCUCCAACGUGAAAAUAAACAGUAUCAUAAUUUAAGAGAAACAUUGAAAGAACAGCAGAAGUUGGCCGUAGCAGAGGCUCUGGCAGCAUCCAAAAUCUUUACAACAGAAGCUGAGGCCUCGGCACCUCCACGAAAAGAAGAAGAAGAAUUGCAGGUGUUGACCAAAUUGAAAGAAACUAUCGAUAAGCAGAGAAAUCAGAUACGUGCCAUAAAAAAAGAACUCACCCAAAAACAAGUGGAUUCAGAUGCACUUCAAUCACAGUUAGAAAGAGUUGUGAAAAUAAAUACUGAUUUACGUAGGAAGAAUUCUUCUCAAAGGAAGCAGACACAGACUCUGUUAGAAGAGAGGCUAGAACUACAGUCUCACAUUCAGGAUAAAGAAAAACAAAUCCAGACCAUUAAAGGACUCCUAAAGGAACAAGAAUGUGAAUCUUCAGAUACACCAAGUGAUGGUUCAGAUGAAGGUUCUUUAACAGCAGAAGAAUUGAGCAGGCUUGAAGAAAAACUCAGUAAAUAUGGUAAAAUCACUGUUGACAUUUCGGAUCAAGAAAGUCCACGAUUCUCUAUAGCAGAACUUCGGGAAGUUCUAAAAGAGAGGAAUGAGUUGAAAGUACGCUUGAUAGAAAUUGAAGAAGAAUUAAAAAAAUAUAAACCAAAACCAGAUGAUAAUCUUCCAAACUCUGAAGGCAACCAGUCUUUAGCUGAAGAAUUAACUGAUGCUACAGAAACCUCUUCUGAAGAGGAAGGUCCUGUACAAGGCCCCAUCAAUCAGGAGCCAUUUGAAAAAUUAUAUCCAUAUAACAAGGACAGUCAGAUCCGUAAAUUUUUCCAGAAUUUGGUGGACAAACUCAAUCUCCCUGUGGACUUUUCUAUUUAGUAAUCCAGCACACAACUGGCAAUUGUGUCUCAUGUCAGGCCAGUUUCCGGUUUAUAAUGGGCAAGCCACGAGAAGAACCUACCAUUUGCCUCUCCCACCUUCAAUGGAAGAAGUAAUUUGUAGAGCCAUCCAACAACCAUCAUCACCGCUUGUCAUUCUGUUAAUUUUUUUCUUUGUGUCAUAAUGAACAAAUUAAAUGAAGAAAAUAGUGCUUCAUUUAACUGAUUAACUAAUUACUAAUUGAGAGAGAGAGAUGGACAGAGAGAGAGAAAACAAAAGUGAGGUGACAAUUGAUAGACGAUAUAAGUAGUAAAACUAAGCAGGAUACCUUUGAAAUAAUUAUAUGUGUCAUACACUCUUUUUAAUAAUAACCUAGUUGAAAGGAUAAAAUAUACACCUGGCUAUCCAGUAGAAUUUCUAACUUAUAUCUAGUUUAUGUUUUAUAACUAAAGUUUACACCUGUUAUUGUUUCAUAACCCAAAUGGACUCCCAGUAUGUCUAGAUGGGAAUCAAGUAGCAAAAAGUUUAUUAAUAACAAAUAAGAUUUCAAAUAACUAUGCAAAUAUACAUACAUAUAUAUAUAAAAUUUGUGUAAUCGUUUCAAUUAAGAACUUUCUUUUUUCUUUCUUUUUUUCUCUUUUACAAUUUAAAAUGACUUAUUGGUCAUUGUUUUAAAUUUUAGUGUAAAAAUUUAGUGGUAGAGUUAACAUAGAAAGAGAUAAAUUACAUGCUUUAUGGCAUCUAAUAUUUACCUUGGUGCCUUGCUGUUCCAAGUUCAGAUCCUACUAAGAGUAAUGAAAUAAGUACAAGUGAUAUUUUGACUUGAGUUAUUAAAUUACAUUCCUUUAUAUACACACAAAAAUAAGAACACACAUAUAUGCACAGAAACAGUUCAGUAUAUUUAACUGACUCAUCUAAUGAAAUAUUACCAAUGCUGUGCUGUAACAAUCAAGUCUUAUUCCUAAGACAAUACAAAUUCCUUACUGGUUCCUAUUGGAAUCACAAUUAUUUUGUAUUUACAAUCAAUAUUAUCCUGUAUAGCUGAUACAUACUAAAAACCAAUCAACAUCUGUGCUUCUUGAAUUCAUUCAGCAUUGAAAUCAUUGUUGUCUAAGUUUAUGCCAGGAUAGGGCAUCCAACUGGGCAACAUUUGCUCUGGCAAUUGCUGAAACUACAUAAUUGCCCAGCCUUCUACAGUACAUACCUGAGUCUUUCCUCCACUCUACAGUUGCCUGUCUUCUACUCUGAAGCUGUGAGUAUCACUUCUACAGAACAUGAAGCAUUACUUUUACAGCAUAGCUGUAAAUAUCAAUACUGUACUACAAUUAUUAGUAUCAUCUGUACACUAAUGCUGUGAUUUCAUACACUGCUGUAUAACUGAUAGUAUCACUUACUUCUACAGUAUAACUGUAACUGACAUGGUUGUUUUCAAAACAGCAAUAAAUAUCUGCUUGACUUGUCCUCAGAUUCCUCAAGCUAUCCAACACAUUCCAUGUUUUACCCUGGUUUAGUAGCUGAAAUGAAAUGCAAUGUGGUAAAGAGGGAUUGAGGAGGAGGAAAAAAAAGAGAAAGCAGAUGUUGCUGUUUACUAAGGAAUCAUUAAAGAAUAUAAAUUUUAAAUGUUUCUUUCUCUUCCAUUUCUCUCUCUCUCUGUACAUACACACAUUGAUACAUAUAUAUAUGUAUGUGAUGCAUACAUGUGUGUGUGUGUGUAUAUAUAUAUAUAUAUAUAUUGUAAAAUUUGUAACUAAAAGCUUGAAAAUUUAAUUUAUUAUUAUUAGUUCUAUUUUUAGUCAUUUUAGAGCGAUGAAGAUGGUACAGAUCGCAGAGAGCCAACUUGGGUGCUUCAAAGCCUUUGAAUUGGUUGUCUUGCCUUUCUGUUUUCCAAUCACACCGAGGUUGACUUUGCCUUUCAUCCCUUUUAGGGUUUUGGUAAAAUAUAUCUCAGUAAUACACUGGGUCCAUUCAUUAAAAAUAAAAAGAUUGGCCUUGUGCUUUGUCAAAAGAGCUCAUUAUACUUGGCUUUUGGCUAAGAGCAAAGUGUAUAAUAUGAAUAAAGAAAUCAAUAUUUUUACCAUUCCAAGCCACAUCAUUUUCCACAACUCGUUCAACCCAUACCAGCUGGGUAAAAUGGACAUUAAACUGAUGAGGAUUAUGAUUAUAUUCCAUAUAGAAAAAUAGUUAGAAACAAUGAAGGAAAGAACAAAAAAAAAACACUAAGAUGAUUUUUCAUCUACACCAUCUCUGUGAAUGCUCCAUGUUUGCUACCUCUUUUAGAGAGGCUGUUGAUAUGGCUGCUGUCACUCUGUGUGCUAGAAAUCUUUAUUGCUCCCACUCUAGGAAUGGUAUGCACUGGGGUUGCUACCACUUUAGGAACAGUGACACUUGGUUGUUAUAUGUAUAUUUUGAAACACUCCUUGAAUGUAUGUGAUGGUGUGAUGAGCAGUUUUUCUGUUUCCUUUCACGGAGGCACACAUCCACACUUUUGUUAUAUCAAUUAUAUUUAAAUGAUAAUGGUAAUAAAAAUGAAAUGUAAUUUGCAUUAGAUUUUAUUUUAACUUCCAAACAUUAAACCAAGUGUCAUGUUUGAUCUUCAUCAUUUACAAUUCCCUCUAUCAUUCUCAAUCUACUAAAUCCAUUAACAGGUCAUAUAUUUCACUGUCAUAUGUGAUUAUCUAACACAGUAUCAUAUUCACUGAAGUGUUAUGUUGAGCCUGUCUGUUAAUGUCUAAAUUGUCACAUUUUACGUACAUCAUAUGUAAUCAUUAAGAACAGAUAUAAUGUGUGUAAUGAAGUGUCUUGAAGUGAAAUUAGCUAUAAAUAAUACCUUAUAAUGCACCGAGUUAAAACUCCCUUAGAUGGAAAAUUGGUAGAUAGCUGCCUGUAGGAUACAAAACAUGCGUCUUCUGUAACACAGACUUACUACCCAUUACACUAAAGCAGUCUCUCUUCUUUCUUACAUCAAAUAUUUCUCAAUGCUGCUACAUUUCCAUUCUAAACGUUAACAAACUUUCUUGAUGGUAAGAUUUAGAGCAUUUAAUUUGAUGGAAAAAAGACAGGAAGCUGCUUUACUGUAAUUGGUAGCACAUCUGGCUGGUUUGGGUCUUGCGAGUAGCUUUCUGACUUUUUUCCAUUCUAAGGCUUUUUAACUCAAUGUAUUAUAAGCUAUAAUUUAUUGCUCAAUUUGCUUCAAGAUACAUCAUUAAUAAAGACUUAUUUACAUAAUUCUCAAUGCUAUUACAUUUGCAUUCUAAAUGUAAGCACAAUAUAUGUUUAAAACAGCAGUUCAUUGCUGCACAAGCUUUUUAAGUAAUAGAAGCUUUAGUACCUCUGUUUUCUUUUAAUAUAACUUAGUACUGCAUGCAGUUGUGUAAGUAAGCUACCUGGUUUCAGUUUGUGGCUGGAAACCAUGUCAUAUACAUAACUAAUAUCUCUUGGAAAAGCAUGAGUGGUACUAUUCUCAUUUUUGCCAACUAAGAAUUCAAUAGGGUUAAUAACCCAUUGAUGAAUACUGUUGAUUGUAGAUGAUCAAUAAGAAAACUGAGUCAUCAGAUCUAUCUAUGUAUGAAAAUAAAAUGUAUAAUUUAUAAGCCAUUACUAUUUUGUAAGCUGAAGAUACAUUUUUCAUGUUAAAUCUCCAACAUACUGUCAAAACAAGAAGACAUCAUAUCCUGUGACUGGCGCUGCACUAUGUCCAGAGCCUAGAUACCUAACCUCCAAACACCCCAGUCCACCAAGCUGUUUGAUUUCAUGCUGAAAUGGUUCACUUUGCUGUUGCAUUCAAUGGCAGCAGUAUAAAACUGGUGACUGUUUUGUUAGCAUCCUCUCAUGAGUAUAGUUUGGAGUAGAAUGACAUAUUCUUAAAAGCUUCUUCCAUGACCCAAUGGCUUAUAGGACUCACCACCACUAACACCAUAAUAGUUACAUAAUAUAGUUACAUGUAAGUUACAUUACUGCAUGGAACAAUUCCACAAAGCCGUAAUCAACUAAUAAAUUCCUGUAAGUCAGUGAAACAUCAUCAGUAAACUACUGUAACCAUUACAUUAAAUAUUGUCAGAGCUAUA